CAAUUCCACCUGUCGACAUUAAACCCAAAAUAUCCAUUCAUUCAUCAUUCACCCAAAUCACCAACGCCAAAAAUGCUCAAAAGCUCUCAAAAAUGAGAAACGCGGCGGAGCGCCACCACCACCUCCGGCGCUUCCUCCUCACAUUCACUCUCCUCCCUCUCCUCACCACCUCAACCGAUCUCAUCACCCCCACCAAACCGCUCACACAAGACCACACCUUAAUCUCCGCCGCCCAGCAAUUCGAGCUCGGCUUCUUCCCCGGCGCCUCAAACACCUGGUACGUCGGAAUAUGGUACAAAAACAUCCCCGAACGAGUCGUCGUCUGGGUCGCCAACCGCGACUCUCCCCUCACAAACUCCUCCGGGAUCCUAAAAAUCAGCCCAGACAGCGCUGGGCUGAUUUUAUCAGAUCAUUCCGGAAUACCAGUAUGGUCAGCUAACCAUACUGGCACCACCAGAACAACAACAACAACAAUCGCAAGAUUGUUGGACAACGGAAACUUCGUCGUCUGCAAAGCAGACGAUGAAGACCAUUAUCUCUGGCAAAGCUUUGACUAUCCAACGGAUACGUUGUUGCCAGGGAUGAAGCUCGGGUGGGACUCGAAAACAGGACUGAAUCGGUACAUAACGUCGUGGAAAUCCGCGGAUGAUCCGUCGACAGGAGACUUCAGCUUCAAGCUGGACAUCUCCGGUUACCCAGAGAUUCACCUGACGAACAGGGCAAAAAUGUACUACAGAAGCGGGCCGUGGAAUGGGCUGCGAUUCAGUGGGGUCCCUGAAAUGCGGCCCAGCAGCCCGCUUCUGUCGUUCCUGUUCGUCAGGAAUCCAGAAGAAGUAUCAUACUCUUUCACCCAGUUGAACGAAUCAAUGCAUUCGAGAUUACUAGUGAAACACAACGGUGUUUUGCAGAGAUUCAUCUGGAUUCCGUCAAGCGGAAUCUGGAGUCUUUUCUGGUACGCUCCGAAGGAUCAGUGCGACGAUUACAGAGAAUGUGGUGUCUAUGGAAUCUGCGACGCGAACGCUUCGCCGGUGUGUAAGUGUAUGGAAGCGUUCCGUCCGAAGAAUCCGCAGGCGUGGAACCUUCGGGAUGGUUCGGAGGGUUGUGUGAGGGAGACGGAAUUGGAGUGCGAUAGCGACGGUUUUUUGGCGAUGAGCGGAGUGAAGCUGCCGGAGAGUGGGGGGGCGGUUGUGGACGGGGGGAUGGGCUUGGAUCGGUGCCGGGAGAUGUGCCGGAGGGACUGCUCGUGCCGGGGGUAUUCGAGCGCGAAUAUUAGCGACGGGAGUGGGUGUGUGGUUUGGGGGGAGGAUUUGUAUGAUAUGAGGCAGUACGCAGCGGCGGAGGGCGGAGGCCAGGAUUUUUAUUACCGGGUGCCGGCUUCGGAAUUAGUAGCACCAGCAGCUUCAGUAACUGGAGAUGAUUUUAACAAGACUAGACAAACCAUUAUGAUCACUGGAAUUGUCGUCGGAAGCGCUGCAUUGCUCAUUGGAUUCACCAUUUUCCUCGUAUGGAAGAAACGGAAACCGGAGACUGUAGAUAUAUUAGAGCCAAGAGGUUCGAGGGAGAGGAGCCAAGACUAUCUCGCGAAUUCACCAACAAUUCCAAGCAAACGAGACCAGUCCGGUGAAGCAGCAGUCGAUGAACUCGAGCUACCUCUGUUCGACAUCACAACUUUAGUAGUUGCCACCAAUAAAUUUUGUGAUGAGAAUAAGCUAGGCCAAGGUGGUUUUGGCAUUGUUUACAAGGGUGUGCUAGCUGAAGGCCAGGAAAUAGCUGUGAAGCGGCUGUCGAAAACUUCGGUUCAAGGAGUAGAAGAGUUCAAGAAUGAGGUCAAGCUGAUAGCCAGACUUCAGCACAGGAAUCUUGUUCGCCUACUCGGAUGCUGCGUUGAGAUGGAGGAGAAGAUGUUGGUGUAUGAAUACUUGGAGAAUAAGAGCCUUGAUUCUAUACUCUUCAAGAAAAACAGAAGCUCGAUGCUGGACUGGCAAACGCGCUUCAAGAUCAUAUGUGGGAUCGCACGAGGCCUCCUCUACCUACACCAAGAUUCGAGAUUCAGAAUCAUCCACCGGGAUCUCAAGGCGAGCAACAUCCUUCUUGACAAAGAUAUGGACCCCAAGAUAUCGGAUUUUGGGAUGGCAAGAAUCUUCGGGGGAGAUCAGACCGAAGCCAACACCAAAAAAGUUGUCGGAACAUACGGCUACAUGUCGCCAGAAUACGCAAUGGACGGCCUCUUCUCCAUAAAAUCCGAUGUUUUCAGCUUCGGAGUUCUGGUUCUGGAGAUAGUGAGCGGGACGAAGAACAGAGGAUUCUAUCAAACAAACAACCAGCUCAAUCUUCUUGCCUAUGCAUGGAAGUUGUACAGGGAAGGGAGGGCGAUGGAGGUGGUGGACGCAGCGGCUGGGGAAGAAUACGCGGCGGGUGAAGCGAUGAGAUGCAUACAAGUGGGGCUGUUAUGCGUGCAGGAGCACGCAGAAGACAGGCCGAAUAUGUCCAAUGUUGUACUAAUGUUGAGCAGCGAUUUUGUGUCGAUGCAACAGCCUAAACAUCCAGGAUACUGCCUGGGAAGACGCCCUAAUGAAACCGACUCGUCGUCGCCUAGAAACGACGACGAAUCAUGCACCGUCAACCAAGUUACCGUUACCAUGCUUGAUGGUCGAUGAUAGUGCAGCUUAACUUGUAAAUGUUUCAGUUCAAGUUUUGAACUAUAGAAGGAUUGAUUAAUUAUUGAAUAAAGAUAGAAAGUAGUAACUCUUACAUUUCGAAAUUGAAAAUUUCAAUGUUGAAUAAUUUAGUCAAAAUAUAAGAUUUAUUAACUUGA